AUGUCCAAUCUCUCUUCGCCGCUCUCGCAGCGCAAUAAACCCAAGUCUCACUCAGAAACUUCCCAUUCAAGGGCACAGUCUGACACUUCAAGUUCCGAAGACAAGUACGUCGACUAUGUGGCGCGACCACUGAAAGAGAAGAACAAGAAGCAGGCAGAGCUCGCCAAGGGAUACAUCGUCGGUCCCAUGCCUAUCGCUCAGUUCCUCGACUUCUUGCCUGAAAAGAACAGGGCACGGAUGCCGAUUCCGUAUAGCGCCUUUGGCGGCCUGCCUACAGAACCUGGAGUUAAUGUAGCAUUUGAAUUGGCCAGAGUUCUCGCAGAUGUCGACCGAUGUCCUGGUUUUGAGUUUCGCUACUCGCCCGUGAGGGAACGCGACGACCGGCCCAAUAUUGUUUGUGUAUCCAAAGAAACCGAGACCAUCCACAACGGCUGUCCAUUGUACGAUGCCGAACUGUUCAUCGACGUGGAAAGCAAGAGCCAGAGAGAUUUCUUGUGCGACCCACCUGCAGGAGCCGACAGAGCCACGCACGAAUUCGUCUACAAGCCUACCAACUCCAAAGAUGAGAAGCACGAUAAGAGUCGCGAGGUGCUGGGUCGGAAUGCACGCUGGGCAGCGAAGGCGUGUUCAGAACAGUAUCGUGUCCUCGUCUUUUCUGUGUCUAUCCACGGCACGUCGGCGAGGUUGUUACGCUGGGAUAUGGGUGGAGUCGUCGUCUCCGAGUCGUUCGACUUGCGCAAGCAGCCAGAACCUUUCUGCGAGUUCUUAUGGAGAUUCGCGCAUGCCUCCACAGUUGAGCGUGGAUAUGAUCCGACCGUCGAGCCAGCGUCACAGCGUGAAGAGCGGCUAUUCAAGACCGCUGUCGCUCACCAUAUUCAACAGCAGAUGGGGUACAAAGAGGAGAUCCUCCGGGACAUAGACGAACUCUUUGACGAACAAGGUGGAGAAGCUAACGAGCUGGACAAUCGUUCUCUAGAUGGCAACGAAAUUCAUGUCGACGAAGCCGAGCAACUUGAAAAUGAAGAUGAUUUUGAUUUUGAUGAAGACGACUCCUUGGACGAGGGCGACAUAUCUCCGGAGCAAAGUCAGAUUGCUGCUGAAGAACGCCAACCCCUUUCUGAACCGGAGCUCCUGCAGAUCCAGCGCAAACAGCUCGCAGAGCAGCUUAAAACCCACUACGAAACACGGCGAGUAGCAGCCAUCAGUGUUGUUCACGAUGGAAGGGUUCAUCGCUGCAUCGUGUCGAGGCCAAUCGCUUCGAACUCCUCAAUGUCGAGGGGAAGCAUGCGUGGACACUGGGGCCUAUUCAAGGGAAAAAUUGUCUUCCUAAAGGACUCGUGGCGAGAGUGGAAGAGCAAGCCAGAGUCCGAGGGCGGCGUUCUCGAGUACCUUCAUAUGAACGGAGUGCAGAAUAUUCCUGUCUUAGAAUAUCACGGUCUCGUUCCUGAACGGCUGCCUACCGAGGCUGCCUUCGAGAGAGUCACCCGAAGUAGAAGCAUUGCGCUGGGCAAUAAUUUAGGCUACCAGUGCACGCAGUCGGAUAGAUUUCAGACCGCGAAGUGGGCAUGUAAUGGCGGUCGAGACAUUAAAGUAUCCUCGCGGCGUCAUUAUCGUCUUAUUCUGGGUACGGUUGGGUACCCUCUGCACACCAUGUCGGGUACGAAGGAGCUUCUGCAUGCCACGUAUGACGUGUUCCAAGCCAUAAAAGAUGCACACGACAAAGCUAGAAUGCUGCAUCGUGAUGUUAGCCUCGCUAAUGUCGUCCUCGUCACGGAGUCCUCUGACGGGCCUCGCCGCGGGUACCUUGUCGAUUGGGAACUGGCAGCGAUGUUGGACGCGUAUGGAGAAGCAGACAACCAACUGCCAUUAGGAACCGUGCCAUUCAUGGCGCAACGCCUGCUUGCGGAGGCCGGGAACAAGGUGCGACAAAUAAUCGCAGAUGACAUGGAGUCACUACUGUAUGUCGUGAUGUUCUGUGGCUUGCACUGGUUGCCGCACCGCAAUAUUGAGGAUGCCCAACAAGCAGACCAAGGGAUGUUCCACAACCACAUGCUUCAAGAACCCAACACGUCCCGUCCUGACCUGCCCGCGGAAUAUGUUCCGAUGGUGCAGGGGUUAGGCAAACUAAAGAACAAACAGGAUCGGUCGUAUGUUGAUCCCGUACACUUCGAACAACCUUUCCAACAGUGGCUGGAGAUGGCCAUGAGCUUCAACUCACCCCGUAGACAAUCCAGUCCCACCGAGAGUUCGGAACAGGACUUCAAGUACCCUCCCGACUGGGUCAACCCGCAGCCGUUCUACGACUUCUGGACCAAUUUCUUGGAGACACAGAAGUCGGCCAUGCCCGAACACAAUAAAAGGAUGAACCUUGUCAGCGAGGAGUUUGAAGAGCCUCAAGUCAAGUUGCCAGUGAGGACAGUUCUGCACAAAUCAGGGAUCUAUCCGAAUAAACGGAAGGCGCCCCAGCCGCGAGGACCAGCAUACUAUAUGUCCAAUAAACGCGCCAGAAUUCACUGA